AAGCCUAACAAAGGGUGGGAAGCUGAAAGAAAUUCUGCCAGUCCAAAAGUGGCCUCCAGGUCUCAUAGGUUCCCCUUGAGACCUAAAGAUCUGGCAGAAUUCGAAAUGGAGGUUCAAGCCGUGCAGGCUCACAUCCAUCAAGAGGCACAGAUUGCAGCAUAUAAUGCCAGAAAAGUGAGCCGUAGUGCCCGCUGUGCCCAGAGCCCCAUAGACAUGUCUUCACCUGUGGACAUGUCCACACCCACAGAGCUCCAGGCCCUUUCUGCCAUAAGAACGCCUGAGCCACCAUCCACGCCUGCACCAUCCAAACCUAGCCGAAUACCUAGACUGCAGGUUCUGCUAGAGCUAACCAAAGCUAAGAAAGAGAACACACCAGUGAACAUGGAGGAUAUCGCCAGUCGCCUGAGUGCACUGACCAGGAGAAGAGACGUACCUCUUGAAUCUGCAGCUAGCAAGCUGAAAGACCUCGCUGGUCAAAGGAAGAAAGCAGAUUCCACCUUUUAGCGUUCAAGCAAGAUGGCUGCCCAGAAACCAGUUUUCAAACCAGUACCUCCGCCAAAGAGGACCCAGGAUGAUCAUUUUUAUCUAGCUGAGCAGUUGACUCCUUUAGAAGCAUCUUUGUUUUUUCCGAAAAAGGUAAAACAAGGUAAGGUACAAAACGAAGACCAAGUCUCUGCUAAUAAAGUGCUUGCAGGUAGCAAUCAAAAGGAACCAGUGGAUCGCAGUGAGGCUGAAGACACAGCAUCCUCAUACAGAAGAAGACAGACACCUGAGGACCUGUGCCUGGAUAGUGAGGAGCCACUGAAAAGACCUGAUGUGGCACUUGAGCAGAUGUUUCAGCUGCUGGAACUGGAGGACUGGGAACGGAAGAUUGAGGGGCUAAAGUUGGUGCGCGCACUGGCUAAGCAUCACGCCAACAUCUUGUUGCACAAACUGCAUGAGAUAUGCUUGGCCGUCACAAAGGAGGUGAAAAACCUGCGCUCCAUGGUGGCUCGUGCUGCCAUGAGCACUUUGGCCCACUUGUUUGCCCACCUGCAAAGGGCAAUGGACCCAGAGUUAGAUGGCACGGCUCUCGUCCUUCUGCAGAAAUCUGGAGAGUCCAGUCAAUUUGUUAAAGGGGACGCUGAGAUGGCUCUUAAUGCCAUGGUCAUCAGUUGCUCGUCUGGUCGCGUCCUGAAUGCGCUACUUGCCGGAGGACUCAGUCACAGGAACGCCGCGGUGAGAACAUGCAUGACGCUGCAACUGGAGAAACUUGCUGAGGUUGUGGGGGCUUCACAGGGCCGUUUCUUUCCUCCAUAAGCCGACUGGCCCACGAUGCUGCACAGGAAGUGAGGUUUCAUGCCCGAAACACCAUCAGACUUCUGGCCACCCACACACAUUUCAUGAGCAUGGUGGAGCACUUUGUGGCAGCGAAGGAAAGAGCGUCCAUCAAAGACAUCAUAACCAAGGCCAGCGGCUUGGAGCGGUACUGUUCCCGGAGAUUGCAGUGGAAGCCAACCAAUGGAUCGCUGGAGGGCGGACCUCACUCACCUGUGCCUCAUUCUCCACUUAAUCAGCUACUGCUCUUAAACGCCGGCUUUUCCACCACGCGUCGCCAGAUUGUCUGCUUGUCACCGCGGUACAGUGAUACCAGACUCCUGAGCGACACUUCAAUUUUGCGACCUCUCCAGCUUUUGAAAAAACCCUUUCACAUAAAUCGCGCCAGUACUCGAACCACUUCCUGAACCGGCUUCACACGUCAUCCGUGACGUCACUUGUUCUUAAAGAAGCAAGCCUCGAUACGCGCUUCACGAAAGACUUCCUAGAUUUCUCGACACACGCUCCGAAGCCUCGGCACAGUACGACCCAUCACUACAUCUGGCUUCCCUGCUCUCCUGUUGGUUCCUGGACCUGGCUCCUCGCUCCUGUGACUUCGGUUUACCUCUCACGGCCACUGCCUGUUCUUCCUCAGCCCUGGACAGCUUGGGACACAAAUCCCCCUUGGACCUGGACAAAUCUAACUGCUUCUCUUCUCCUCCCGAACCGCUCCAGCUGCGUUUUCAGUGCCCUCUGGUGUGUGGGCUUAUUACUAUUUUUUCCUUUGUUUUAUAUUCCAAUAAAUACUCUUCGCCAA